UGUCAACGUUGAACAGUUUUCAGAACUGUUUCUGAUAAAGUGUGACCUGGGCUAAUCCAGUUGCGUGAACUGGCUUGGAGUCUCCCCAUCGCGUUUGCUCUUUAGAUGUUUCAAAUCACUAUGAGAUGAAUGUUUGAGAUGUGAUGAAAACACUAAUGGAACAACAGUUCUGUGGCUGGGGAUGUUGAAGAUGAGGUUGGAGAGGCCACGGAUGAUCGGUGUCUUCUGUCUGCUCUUCAUUCUUACUAAUUGUAUCAAUAAGUAUGUUUUAUCAGUCCUCAAGUUUACCUUUCCAACUAUUUUCCAGGGAUGGCAGACUUUGGUUGGAGCUUUGGUCUUACAUCUACUUAUGUUGAGUGGCAAACUUGACUUUUCUUUGAAAACUUUGAACAGUUUAUAUAUAUGUAUUUUCAGAGAGGAUGUGGCGUUGUGGCUGCCUAGCAUGUUCUUUUUCGUUGGAACCAUAUAUGCAGGUUCCAGGGCCUUGGCAAGUUUGCCAGUUCCGGUUUUCUUUGCAUUCCAAAAUUUAGCCUCUGUUAUCUCUUUGACAGUGGAUGUGAUACUCAAGUCUAAGGUGAAUGUAUGGAGUUACAUAUUUAACAUGGCGCUCGUUGUGUCCUCCAUUGGUGUAGCAAAAACAGAUCCACAGAACAACACAGAUGGGUAUUUUUGGGUGUGCUACCAUGUUUUAAGUUUAGGUGCGUACAGUACCUAUCAGAAGCUGAUCAAAGGAAGGUUAAAAUUAAGGCCAGCGGGUCGUCUUUAUUGUAAUUAUGUGUACAGUAUGAUCCUCUUUGCACCUGCCAGUUAUUUUCUAGGAGAGGCCCUAGAGGCUUCCAAGUUUCCACAUUUGUAUUUUGCUAAGUUUUACAUUUGCUGUGGACUAAGUGGGAUUCUGGGAGUUUUUUUAAGCCUUGUUGUCAUACAGUUGGAACCACUUCUGGAAUCAUCAGGGAUAUCGUUGGAUUUCCUCUCAUCUGCUGCCAAGAUCAUUACAUCAGUGUUGUCGUUGGUCAUCUUCCCUUUCACAUUGACUGUUCCAUAUGUUUCUUGGCUUGCCAUCAACCUGUUAGCCAGCCUGUUCAGUGAAGAGUUGCUUCCCCUUGCCCAUCCGAGCAACAGUAAUGUUGUUGAGAACACAUAAACACGAGGCUCAAGAAUUCCUCGCCGGCGGAUGG